GCAGCAGCAGCAGCAGCGGAGUGAAGAGGGGGAGUAGAAAGAAUGCGCCGCGGCCAAUUAACAAGUGACUCUCCCCAAAUGGUUUAAUUUCGACUAAAUGUGCGCAAAAGACCGCGGCAGCACGGCACAGAGGCGUCCGGUGCGAGUCCGCCUCUGAGGACAAUCGUUCCCCGCAGCAGCAGCAGCAGCAGCAGCAGCAGAUUCAUGGAGAACAUUUACUCCACAUUUCUCUGAGCAGACUUUUAACCAAAAACAUCUCGGCGACUUUGACCCCUCCUUCAGACAAAAAAAAAACGUGGAUUGUAAUAUUUGAUUUUUUAGGAGGGAUUUCCACAGCUUUUUCUUCCACCUCUGGUCUCGUUUGUCCUCGUCCGGUUCUGAUUGAUUGUUUGUCCGUUUGCUCCUCCAGUGUUCAGUCCUCAGUUUCACAUCCAAACAAAAAACAACAAAAAAACAAGUCGUCUACAUCUGCUGCCAGCACUUGGAUGAACUUCCUGAUGAGAGAUCCAGUCAUACAGGGAUCGAGUAUGGCGUAUCAUCCCUUCAUACCUCACCGGAGUCCGGAGUUUGCCAUGAGCGCAAUGCUGGGCCACCAGCCGCCCUUCUUCCCGGCGCUGGCGCUGCCUCCGAGCGGCUCCCUGUCUCUGCCGGGCGCCCUGGGGAAGCCGAUCAUGGACCAGCUGAUGGGAGUCGCGGACACCGGCUUGCACUUCCCCACGCUGGGGCACCAGGCUGCGGCCGCGCACCUCAGGCCUCUGAAGACCCUGGAGCCGGAGGAGGAGGUGGAGGAUGAUCCUAAAGUCCAACUGGAAGGAAAGGAACUCUGGGAGCUGUUCCACAAGAGGGGCACGGAGAUGGUGAUCACCAAGUCGGGAAGGCGAAUGUUCCCCCCCUUCAAAGUGAGGUGCACAGGUCUGGACAAAAAGGCCAAGUACAUCCUCCUGAUGGACAUCGUCUCAGCCGACGACUGUAGGUACAAGUUCCACAACUCCCGCUGGAUGGUGGCCGGGAAGGCCGACCCCGAGAUGCCAAAGAGGCUGUACUUCCACCCGGACAGUCCCGCCACCGGUGAGCAGUGGAUGUCCAAGGUGGUGAACUUCCACAAGAUGAAGCUGACCAACAACAUUUCCGACAAACAUGGAUUUGUAAGUUCAACUCAUACAAUUCUCAACUCCAUGCACAAAUAUCAACCACGGUUCCACAUCGCCAGAACCAACGACGUGCACAAACUGUACCACUGCACAUUUAGGACGUACGUUUUCCCUGAGACGGAUUUCAUAGCAGUGACCGCUUAUCAGAACGACAAGAUUACGCAGCUGAAAAUUGAUCACAACCCUUUCGCCAAAGGAUUCCGUGACACUGGGAACGGGAGAAGAGAAAAGAGGAAACAGCUGGCUCUGCAGUCCAUGCGUUCGUAUGAGGAGCAGGUGAAAAGGGAGAACGGAGCUUCAGACGACUCCUCGGGGGAACAGCCGUCUUUUAAAUGCUACGGCCAGGCCUCGUCUCCCGCCGUGUCCACGGUGGGGCCUCCACACCUGAAAGAUUUCUGCGAUAGCGACGAGGACAGCGACGACGAGAGCAAAGACGGACUCCCCAAAGACGGUCCGGACUCCAGCAAGAUCUCCACGACCACAGAGGACGGGAAGGACCACGAAGCCAGCCCGGUGAAGGCGCAUCCCUUCAGCAGCAGUAGUGACUCUGGCAGCAGGGUCCGCGAGAGCGGCCACAAGACUGAGAAAAGCCAGGCCGACUCGCGGCAGAGUCCCGUCACCAUCAUCUCCAGCACCACGCGCUCCGCGGAAGACCUGAAGAGCCCGGGUCUGCAGGACCCGCCGCCCAAAGCGGACGAGUGCAGGUCGAUAUCCAAGGACAGCUUCGUGCCUUUGAGCGUUCAGACGGACAGCGGCCACAUGGGCCACGGUCAUUUGCAUAAUUUUGGAUUUCCCACGGGCCUGACGGGACAGCAGUUCUUCAAUCACUUGGGGGGCGCGCACCCGUUUCUUUUGCACCCGGGUCAGUUCAACAUGGGAGGCGCGUUCUCGAACAUGGCUGCGGGCAUGGGGCCACUGCUGGCCGCCGUGUCCACGGGAGGAGUCAGCACCAUGGACACGACCAGCAUGACAUCGCCCACUCAAAGCCUGGCGGGAGCUGCGGGCCUGCCCUUCCAUCUGCAGCAGCAUGUCUUAGCGUCACAGGGUCUCGCGAUGUCUCCGUUCGGCAGUUUGUUCCCGUACCCGUACACGUACAUGGCAGCCGCGGCGGCGGCGCAGUCCGCCGCGUCCUCGUCCGUGCACAGACACCCUUUCCUGAACGCGGUGCGGCCCAGACUCAGGUACAGCCCCUACCCUCUGCCCUCCAUGACGGUACCGGACAGCACGCUGCUCACCACCGCCAUGCCCUCCAUGGCCGGCGGCGGCGUGGAGGUAAAAGGGGACGGCAUGGUGGUCCCGGUGAGCCCGGUGUCCGGCGUCACCCUGGACUCCACGUCGGAGGUGACGAGCCACUCGUCCAGUUUGUCUCCAAAGACCUGCGCGGAGAAGGACGCGGCCAACGAGCUGCAGAGCAUCCAGCGCCUGGUCAGUGGACUGGACUCCAGCCAGGACCGGUCCAGGAGCGGCUCCCCAUGAGAGGAGAUUAUUAUUAUUAUUAAUAUUAUUAUUAUUUUAAUUUCUUCUUCUUUUAAGAAAACACAC